AUGAAAGUCUCCGUGGUUGCCCUCUCUCUCCUCAUCCUCAUCCUCACCAUUACUUCUGCUGUUCACAGCCAGCCAAAAAUUCCUGAGUCGGUGAACCCUCCACCCACCUGCUGCCUGAAGUAUCAUGAGAAAGUAUUGCCAAGAAAAAUGGUGGUGAGAUACAGAAAGGCCCUCAGCUGUUACCUGCCGGCAAUCAUAUUCAUCACCAGAAGGAAACGAGAGAUCUGUACCAACCCCAAUGAUGAAUGGGUCCAAGAAUACAUCAAGGAUCCCAGACUACCUUUGCAUCCUUCCAGGAAGUUGGUCUAG